AUGGCAGCUAUGAUUGUCUCUCGUACAACAACUCUCGAGGCGUUCUCGUGUCGCCGCUCAUUCUCUAACACCUGCCGAGUCUCAGCAGACAAUGUUCGGAUCGUUGAAGUAGGCCCUCGCGAUGGAUUGCAGAAUGAGAAGACAAGUAUACCAGCGGCGACCAAGAUUGAGUUGGUGAACAGGCUAGCAAAGACUGGCUUGAGUGUGAUUGAGGCAGGAUCCUUUGUACAUCCUAAAUGGGUACCUCAAAUGGCUGCUUCCGAUGAGGUGCUCGCCUCCGUCCUGACCACUCCGCCACGCUCAAAGAGUCAGGUCACGUAUCAAUGGCUACUACCAAACAGCAAAGGCCUGGAGAGCUUCCUAAAGAUGAUGAGAUCUUCCUCAAAGGACGUUGGCAGCUAUCCGACGCCACCGGCAUCACCAAAGAACGAGCAGCAGCCUGCUGAUCAGGAGGUGAAGGGCACAGCAAGCCUACAAGGCACUAUCCCUCGGCAUGAGGUAUCCAUAUUCAUGGCAGCGACGGAGUCGUUUAGUCAGAAGAAUACAAACUGCUCAAUCGAGGAGAGCUUGCAGCGCUUCGCGCCGCUGAUAGCAGAUAGCAAAAAGGCUGGGCACGCCGUCCGUGCAUACAUCUCCGUAGCACUGGGGUGUCCAUUCGAAGGACCGGAUGUAGACCCCCACAAGGUGGCUGAAAUUGCUGCUUCGCUGUUGGAAAUGGGCGCAGACGAAAUCAGCGUCGCGGACACUACCGGGAUGGGCACGGCUCCGCGAACGCGCAAACUGCUUCAGACACUCCGUGAAGCCGGCAUUCUAACCGAAGACAUCGCGAUGCAUUUCCAUGACACUUUCGGCCAAGCUCUUAUCAACACGAUGGUAUCCCUGGACUGCGGCGUACGAACGUUUGACAGUGCAGUGGGAGGUUUAGGAGGCUGCCCAUACAGUCCGGGUGCAACUGGAAAUGUGGCCACAGAAGACCUGGUAUAUUGCCUGCAAAGUCUCGGCGUCGAAACCGGCGUAGACCUGGAGGAGAUGAGCAGGAUUGGGGAGUGGAUCACCUCUGAGAUUGGCAAGCCGAAUAGUUCAAGUGCCGGCAAGGCCACAUUGGCAAGGUUGAAACGAGAAAGUACGGCAUGA